AGAUCUGACUUACGUUUUGUCUGUUAUGAUUAUUAGGCUGUAGCGUUUGCCAAAAUGGUUAGACGCCGGCUGUUAGUUGCUGCUAAGCUAAUGUGCCGGCUAUUCCACGUUUGUUAAACGGCUACAGGAUUAGUCCAGGCACAGUCGGUCUAGUAACUGCUCGCGGUCUGUUGCAUUUACCUGUUUCUCCUUGGAUAUUUUUGUGCUUUGCAGAAACACUGCACCGUGAAUUUCACCGCACAUAAUUGAAACAUUGCUGAUAGAGCACACAAAACAUUCGAAUGUUGUCAGCAAACUUGCUUAUGGAAACCAAACCCACAGGAUUUGAGAUGUAUUCAGUCUGGUCUGGAAAAGUCAAAGUUGGUUUAUGUAGAUGGGGGGUGAAUCACAAGUAAUGUCCAGACACAAAAAUGAAAAAGUACCAUCACAGUAUCAUCACUCAUUACCAGCCAGUCAGCUUGUUCUUGGUUCCCUGUCUAUGGAGAAAAUCACCCUCAAGGACUCAAUGAUGAAAUAGUAGCCUGAUGUGAAUUAAAGUCAGAAAGUACUAUCCAUCUACAGUAUCUACUGCGGUCCCCGCAACUGUUGACGAAAUGACUGGCAAAUAUGGCCUGGUGGGCUACAACGGUUCACGGAAGCACAUUUCCAUCUCCAUACCGUCGUCCACGGAGGUGAUGUCGCCCCACAUAAAGUCUUUGGAGGAGCUGCGGGUGCUCGGGAUCAACCUCAGCAGCUUCAGUGCUCUCACUCAGUUCUUCAUUUGUGUGGCUGGAGUCUUUCUGUUUUACCUCAUCUAUGGAUAUUUGCAGGAACUCAUAUUUUCCAUGGACGGAUUUAGACCCUUUGGUUGGUACCUCACGUUAGUCCAGUUUGGCUUCUAUUCUGUGUUUGGACUGGUGGAGCUUCAGCUAACCCAGGACAAACGCAGAAGGAUACCAGGGAAGACGUACAUGAUCAUUGCCUUUCUCACAGUGGGAACGAUGGGUCUCUCCAACACAUCGUUGGGCUACUUGAACUACCCGACGCAAGUCAUCUUCAAGUGCUGUAAACUUAUCCCGGUCAUGAUUGGGGGAGUGUUCAUUCAAGGGAAACGCUAUAAUCUGGCCGACGUUUCUGCUGCUCUCUGCAUGAGCUUUGGACUCAUUUGGUUUACACUUGCGGACAGUAAAGUGGCUCCCAAUUUUAAUGUCACAGGGGUUCUCCUGAUUUCAAUGGCACUUUGUGCAGAUGCUGCAAUCGGCAACGUGCAAGAAAAAGCAAUGAAGCUCCAUAAUGGCUCCAACUCUGAAAUGGUUCUGUACUCGUACUCCAUCGGGUUUGUCUACAUACUGGCCGGUCUGCUCUGUGUGGGCGGACUCGGGCCAGCAGUGGCAUUCUGCUCAGAGCAUCCUGUAAAGACGUACGGCUAUGCGUUCCUGUUCUCUCUUACUGGGUAUUUUGGCAUUUCCUUUGUGCUGGCCUUAAUCAAGUUGUUUGGUGCCUUAGUUGCAGUGACGGUGACCACUGGGAGAAAGGCCAUGACGAUCGUUCUCUCCUUCAUGUUCUUCAGCAAACCUUUCACUUUCCAGUACAUUUGGGGCGGCCUUCUGGUGCUGUUUGGCAUCUUCUUGAAUGUUUACAGUAAAAACCGGGACAAGAUGAAGCUUCCUUCAGUCAAAGACCUCAAGAGCUGGCUGCGGGUGAGGAAGAAAGUACGGUUCCGCUCACAGAACAUCUAGCACUCACCGAAAGGAGACAUUUUUGGGGGCAAACUGCAAUUCUCUUUUGAUGCCACGUUGCAUUUCACCCUCCAUCAGCAUUGAUCCAAGGGCACGUGUACAGGAAAGUGCAUCAUUUAGCCGACCAAGUCUGAUUUGACAGCUGAUGGAUCCUGUCUACAAGUACACCACUGGUGUAUCACUGUCACUCUACUUGUCUUUGAAAAGCUGAAGGAGCGAGGUUUGGCACAGAGUUUGGCACAGAGGGGACUUAAGUAAGCCCCUGAGACACAUUCCUAUCACAGAGGACAACACUAAGAACUUGUUGGACUUCAAGGGGAAAAUGCCUUAUCUUGCCAAAAUGCUCAAUUUUUUUGCACUGCAAAAGUGACAUUCCCUCAUAUGUGGUUGUAAAAGCUAAAAGGAUUGAAGGAUAAGUGUCACUGCAGUUUCUGAUGUGUUUUAUGGAAAAGUUUUAAAGGUAUGUACCAGUGAACUGGACUUUUAAGGGAUACUCGUCUCCUUGUGAACUUCAUUUACAGACUGUACCAUCAGCAAUUCAAAUAUCUGUGAAAAUCGGGUAUUUGAACAUAAACUGCCAAAUAUUCCGAGAGUGGGUUAAAGGGUAAUUUUGUUUUACAAUAA